AUGGCAGAUGUCGAGUUACUUUAUUUGCCUCUUAUGACAACAGUCAUCAGCUCAUUAACCCCAAUCCGAACCGAUGGCCAUAAGCUUUGGAAAUUAUUGUUCCAGCUUUCAUUCUCCGAUGACUCACCGGCCUCACUGGCCGUCCUACGAGCAAUGCUGUCUGUGGCAUCAUUAUAUCGUUAUGGUCAUGGCGAGGAGCCCCUUCGGCUAAAGACAUUAGCACUGGAGUCUUUACACACAUCCAUGAGCGGGCACGCUACCGGUACAACAGAGAUCUACCAGCAUGUUGCCGUGGGGAUGUUACUCUGCGCUUUCGAGACAUUGGAGGGUCCAGUCUGCGGAAAGUGCAUCAAUCUUCAAGAUACCCGGCAUGGCUUCCACUCUGGCUUCUGUAGCGCAUGA